AUGGACGUGUCAGACAGGGUGGCCGAUCUCCUCGAUCGGCUGGGCGAUGCCAAGCUCGGCCCCUCCUCGCUGUCCGAGGCGGACAUCACGACGCCGGAGCCCCGCGUCGGCCUGUUGUCCCUCUGCCGGGAGCUGGGGGCGGAACUUUGCGUGCACUGCCCCUCGCCCGCCGCCGAGGCGGCACGGGACACGGCGCGCGGGUCCCCGAGCGGCGCCGAGCUCGACGCAGCGCUCUCCGCGGCGUGCGCGGCCGCGGGCGCCACCGGCACGACGCAACACCCACGGGUUUGGGCGCUGGAGGUGUUGGCAGCGGUGGUGCAGGCCGGACGCAUCGGUGCGGCGGCGUCAGGGGCCCGGGAGGACGCGAUGGACGUCGACGAUGACGACGCGCAGGCGGCGGCUUCGCUGACGCGCGUCCGGUCCACGUUGGGGGUCCCGGCGGGCGCAGACGCGCUCGCGUCGCUCCGUGCCGCCACGGAGCGCGCGCGGAAGCUCAAGGGCUCGGCACCGGCGGCGGGCGCCUCGGCAGCACCGCUCGUGCCGGCGUCGUCGCUCAGCGCCGAGCAGGCGGCGACGCUCGCGGAGAUCCACGGCAUGCUGACGCGGGAGUACGAGGUGCGGCGCAAGAUGCUGAUCGAGCGGGCCAAGGUGACGCUGUCGUCGUUCCGGUGGAGCCACCGCGCGCGCGACGACCAGGACAUCGCGCGGCGCGUCCAGGAGGCCGCCGAACGCAGCACGUCGGCGAUGUCGUACGCUCCGGCCGUUGCCGUCCAGGAUGUGCACAAGGCGACCCUUGCGGACAUCGCGUCCGUGGCGGAGCGCGUGACGAGCGGAAGCCUCCGCACCAUGGCCAAGAUCAAGGUGACGAACCCCGUGGUGGAGCUCGACGGCGAUGAGAUGACCAGGGUGAUCUGGACGAUGAUCAAGGACAAGUUCAUCAACGCGGACCUCGAGCUGGACAUCAAGUACUACGACCUGUCGGUCACGCACCGCGACGCCACCGACGACAAGGUGACCGUGGACGCCGCGAACGCCAUCAAGCAGUACAACGUGGGCAUUAAGUGCGCGACGAUCACGCCGGACGAGGCCCGCGUCGAGGAGUUCAAGCUCAAGCAGAUGUGGCGCUCGCCCAACGGGACCAUCCGCAACAUCCUGGGCGGGACCGUCUUCCGCGAGCCCAUCGUGGUGUCCAACGUACCGCGCCUCGUGCCCGGGUGGAAGAAGCCCAUUGUCGUCGGCCGCCACGCCUUCGGCGACCAGUACAGGGCGACUGACUUCGAGAUCCCCGGCGAGGGCAAGCUGACGAUGACGUUUUCUCCCAAGGACGGGUCCGAGGCGAAGACGUACGAGAUCUUCGACUUCAAGGGGCCCGGCGUGGCGCUCGGGAUGUACAACACCGAGGAGUCGAUCUACGGCUUCGCGCGGGCGUGCUUCGAGUUCGCCCUGGGCCGCGGGUGGCCGUUGUACAUGUCGACGAAGAACACCAUCCUGAAGCGCUACGACGGGAAGUGGCUCAUGAUCUUCCAGGAGGUGUACGAGAAGGACUACAAGGCGAAGUUCGAGGCGAAGGGCAUCUGGUACGAGCACCGUCUGAUCGACGACAUGGUGGCGCAGGCGCUCAAGUCGGAGGGCGGGUUUGUGUGGGCGUGCAAGAACUACGACGGCGACGUGCAGUCCGACAUCGUCGCGCAGGGCUACGGCUCGCUCGGCCUCAUGACGUCCGUCCUCGUCACGCCCGACGGGAAGACCGUGGAGGCCGAGGCCGCGCACGGCACCGUGACGCGGCACUGGCGGCAGCACCAGAAGGGGCUGAAGACGUCGACCAACCCCGUGGCGUCGCUGUUCGCGUGGACGCGCGGCCUCGCGCACCGCGGGAAGCUCGACGGCAACGCGGAGCUCGUCCAGUGGUGCGAGGACCUCGAGGCCGCCACCAUCAAGACCAUCGAGUCGGGCGCCAUGACCAAGGACCUCGCCAUCUGCGUGCACGGCACGACCAAGGUGCCCGAGAGCAGCUACCUCCUCACGGAGCCCUUCAUGGACGCCAUCCGCGCGACGUUCGAGGCGAUGAGGAAGUAG